UUCUCAAGAACAGGAAGAGGAUGGGAAGACGAGAUCCAGGACGCCGGCGGCGGUCGGGAGUACGCAUAGGGAACCGAACUCUGGCGAAAAUCAUGGAAGCACAGACGUCGGCCAUGGUGGACGGUGGGAGAAGAAAAUAGGGGUCAAGGCGGAAACUGGGAAGAUGAUGCGCAACGAGAGUCCGGUACUAGUGUUGACCGUUCCACUCUCAAAAUGGUUUCAUGGUCAGAACUACAGCCAAAGAGUCAAGUUUCCGAGUUCCAACCACUAUUUUGUCUGUCACGAAGACCACGUAUCAUCCCUCCUUAUUUUCUUCUUCGCUGCCGAUAUAUUCAGAUGUGUCGCAGUUUGGCCUCAGUUCAACCCCAUCAUGGUUGGCAAAAGGGGCUUCAAUUUCUGUUUCAUGCUUCUUCCUCUCAUGAUAAAAUCGGCUUGCAUGAUCGAAUCUACACAUGCUACAAACACCCUCCUGCCAACCCAAUCACUCCGAGAUGGGCAGACACUUGUUUCCGCCGCCAAGAUCUUCGAACUCGGCUUCUUCAGCCCUGGCAGUUCAACCAAUCGCUAUCUCGGGAUUUGGUACCUCAAUCUUGCAGGAGAAAACGUGAUAUGGGUUGCCAAUAGGAACAGCCCCAUCGUAGAUACCUCUGGUGUGCUUUUGUUCGAUGAAGAUGGAGAUUUGACAAUUUUGGAUGGCAGGGGGAGCGCAUCAAUUUUGGCUUCUGGUUCUAAAACAGGCAGCAUGGCAGCGACCAUCUUGGAUUCAGGCAAUCUUGUUUUGAGAGAUAUCAAUGAUUCAUCACGGAUCUUGUGGCAGAGCUUCGAUUACCCUACUGAUACAUUUCUCCCUGGCAUGAAGCUUGGCCUGGAGGGUAGGCAAAACCGGUUGCUUACCUCAUGGAAAAGCGCCAAUGACCCUGCCUCCGGGGACUACUCUAUGGGUUUUGACCCCAACGGCACAUCACAAUUUCUCAUCUGGCAGAAGGGUAACGUGUAUUGGACCAGCGGGACUUGGAAUGGGGAAAUAUUCAGCCUAAAUCCAGAGAUGGUAACAGAGGGCAUCUUCGAUUGGACAUUUGUCUCCAACAUGCAUGAAAAGUACUUCACAUAUUCUCUCCUAAAUGAUACCAUGAUCUUCAGGUACGUGUUGGAUUCCUCAGGGAAAAUUCAGUUAUUGACGUACUCUGGCGGCAAAAGUAUUCUUCUGUGGUCUCAACCAACCAGCCAGUGUCGGGUGAAUGACUUAUGUGGGGCUUAUGGUGUCUGCAACGAGAAUACGCCGCCACCUUGUCGAUGCUUGAAGGGUUUCGAACCAGGGUCUUUGAUAGAUUGGAAUGAAGGAGUUACAGGCGGUGGAUGCAUUAGAAAGACCGGCUUGCAAUGUGAGAGUGGAGGAGAGCCUGAUGAGUUUUUGAAAAUGCCCAAUAUGAGGCUUCCUACAUUUGGACAAAAUUGCCAAAUCUGGGAGGCUGAAGAAUGCAGAUCCGCCUGUUUGCAAAACUGUAACUGUACUGCAUAUGUCUUCUCCGUGAAUUGUACCUUGUGGUAUGGAAAUCUUGAAAAUUUGCAGGAAUUUUAUAAUGCUUCCGUAGGAUCUGGCACUCUUUAUCUCCGCCUUGCCGCUUCUGAGUUCGCAUCUGGAGGGAACAAGAGGCAACUCCGGGUUAUCAUCAUCGUAGCAGUGCCUCUGGGAUUACUUUGUUCAUGUACCCUAAUUUGUUUACUGUGGCUCAGAAGCCGGAGACGCAGAGGGAAGAAGAGUCUGCCUGAAGGACCGUUGCUCUCUCUGGGCGCUGAAAUAGCAAUUAAACUUGGGGAAAGCAAUGAGAAGGGCUCAGAGUUCUCAUUGUUUCAUUUCACUCAUAUAGCAGAUGCCACAAACAACUUCUCAUCUGAAAAUAAACUUGGAGAGGGUGGGUUUGGACCAGUUUAUAAGGGCCAGUUGGCAGAUGGGAAGGAGAUAGCAGUUAAAAGACUUGCUGCACAUUCUGGACAAGGUCUACUGGAGUUUAAGAAUGAAAUUCUUCUUAUACUGAAGCUUCAGCACAGAAAUUUAGUGAGGCUCUUGGGUUGCUGCAUUCAAGGAGAAGAGAAGAUACUCAUCUAUGAAUAUAUGCCUAACAAAAGCUUGGACUUCUUCCUCUUCAAUCCAACCAGAGGAGCUUUAUUGGAGUGGUUCAGACGGUACCACAUUGUUGAAGGGAUAGCUCAAGGACUUAUCUAUCUCCACGAGCACUCUAGGCUGCGGAUUAUCCACAGGGACUUGAAAGCUAGCAACAUUCUCUUGGAUUUGGACAUGAAUCCUAAGAUAUCUGAUUUUGGAUUGGCCAGAAUUUUUGGCUCAAAUGAAACCCAAGCAAUCACUAAGAGAGUUGUUGGCACAUAUGGUUAUAUGUCUCCUGAGUAUGCUGCAGAGGGCCUUUUUUCAGUCAAAUCUGAUGUUUUUAGCUUUGGUGUCCUGCUGCUUGAAAUUAUUAGUGGAAAGCGGAACACCGGAUUUCACAAAUUGGGCGUCUCUCUUAACCUUCUAGGAUAUGCCUGGGGGUUAUGGAAACAGGGCAAGUGCUUGGAGCUCAUGGACCCAUUGCUCAGUGAUGGCUGCCCCACAUCGCAGAUAUCAAGAUGCAUUCAUGUGGCACUCAUGUGUGUUCAAGAAAAUGCUUCAGAUCGACCCACCAUGUCGGAUGUCAUCACUAUGCUUAGCAGUGAAAGUGCAGCCAUACCCGAUCCCAAGCAACCAGCUUUCUUCACCAUGAGAACGACAACUGAAGCAGAUGUGCCAGCGAAUGUGGAUGGCAGUUGUUCUCUAAAUGAUAUUACUAUCACAGUUCCAGAUGGUAGAUAGUACAGCUAAAGUCCCCAUUUUGUUUGUCAGUCUCUGGAUACAACAUACUUUCAUAGAACAGAACAUUCAAGCUGCAAUGCAAGUGAGAACCCAACCAAAGAAGAGAAGCAACAGUUUGUUUGAGCUAAACUAAUGUUGGUGAUGUUUAUUUAGUUGUGAGGACCUUCCUCAUCGAGACAAUUAAUUUAUUGGUCUGUAAUAAUUUCAGUUAAAUUUGAACAGGAGUUUCUCAAACAGGUUUGGACUGUUUCUUUUUCUUUUUCUUUUUCCUUUUUUUUUUUGAGAUACUUGGACUGUUUCUUCUGAUGAAUUAGGAACUACA